AUGGAGAUCCAUUCCUACAGCGACGCAUCUCUCAACGGUUAUGGAUGUGCUAUCUACAUCAAGAUCAUCGAUGAAAAUGGAAUGACGCACAUCACCCUUCUGAUGUCAAGAUCCAAAGUCAGUCCAGUGAAGAAUGCCACCAUAUUCCCCAGAUUAGAACUAUGUGCAGCCCUUCUACUCGCCAAGACCACAACCAGGGCUGUAACUGCACUCAGCUUACUAAAAGUACCAAUAUUUGCAUGGACCGACUCAACAAUAACUAUUGCAUGGAUAAAAAGCCAAUCCUACCAGAUGGAAAAGUUUUGUUGCAAACCGAGUUCAAGAAAUUCACAAACACAUCGGACCAGAAAAUUGGUACCACGUUAG